GUGUUUUUAAGAGUGGCAUGACCGAAAAUCAAAAUAUUAACCACCAGGGCAGCUGCCAUGAGGACGAAGAUCGGGAAGAGUUCGAAAAGCGAAGAAUGGGCCAGGCAGCACUCCAGAACCGGGCGCUAGCGAGACUGGCAGUGGCCCUCACAGCGUUUGAAGAAGAGGACGACAGCACCAUCAUCGGCGGUGUGGAGGAAACAACUGAAAUUAGCGGUGGAGCAGCAGCUGCAGCUGCUUCUAAACAAAAAAGGAUCUCCG